CAUCAGCAUCAGCAUCAGCAUCAGCAUCAGCGCAUCAGCAUCAGCAUCAGCAUCAGCGCAUCAGCAUCAGCGCAUCAGCAUCAGCAUCAGCAUCAGCGCAUCAGCAUCAGCGCAUCAGCAUCAGCAUCAGCGCAUCAGCAUCAGCGCAUCAGCAUCAGCAUCAGCAUCAGCGCAUCAGCAUCAGCAUCAGCGCAUCAGCAUCAGCAUCAGCAUUAGCAUCAGCAUCAGCAUCAUCAUUAGCAUCAGCAUUAACAUCAUGCAUCAGCAUCAGCGCAUCAGCAUCAGCGCAUCAGCGCAUCAGCAUCAGCAUCAGCGCAUCAGCAUCAGCGCAUCAGCAUCAGCGCAUCAGCAUCAGCGCAUCAGCAUCAGCAUCAGCAUCAGCAUCAGCAUCAGCGCAUCAGCAUCAGCAUCAGCAUCAGCUUCAGCAUCAGCAUGUUCAGGUGCAUGUGCUCGUGCAUCUGCUCCCCCAUCUCCCUUUUCCCCCGUCUGCCAAGCGUCUUCCCUCUCAAUCCUGCACCCCGCCCUCUCCCCGUGCAUCCUCCCUCAAGGCGGGCUGCUACUGGGGCGAACGGUGGCGCUGCUGGGGGCGAUGGCGGUGGGGACGAGCAUGGCGGCGAGGCAGGGCGCGGUGCCCAUGGCGGCCCACCAGCUCGCCCUGCAGCUCUGCCUCGCCGCCUCCCUCCUCUCUGACUCCGUUGCCCUCGCUGCUCAGACCCUAUUGGCAUCAGCCUUUGCACGGAAGGACACGGCCAUGGUGCGAGCCAUCAUGCUGCGAUCGCUGCAGAUAGGGCUGGGCAUGGGGGCGGUGAUGGGAGUGGUGCUCUCGCUGUCAGCACAGCUACUCCCGGCGCUCUUCACCUCUGAUGACCGUGUGCUGCUGCAAGCUGUCGCCCUCAUGCCCUUUGCAGCAGCGAUGCAGCCGAUGGCGAGCAUGGCGUUUGUGUUUGACGGGCUGCACUACGGCGCCACUGACUUCGCCUUUGCUGCCCUCGCCAUGAUGGCGCUGGCGCCUGCAGCAGCGGCGGUGCUGGUGUAUGCACCGAGCGAGUGGGGAGUGGAGGGUGUGUGGAUCGGCCUCUCUCUCCUCAUGGCUGCCCGCAUGUUCGCCGGCUUCCUCAGAGUGGGCACGGGCGGAGGGGCAUGGGCAGUGCUGCAGGCGGCACCACCACAUGUCCACAUGAGUCCUGUGGAUGCAGAUGACGGUCAUCAUGCAUUCACGGGCAAUUCAAGUGUUGCUGACACUGUUGAUGUGCAUCAAGACAACCGCACAGCCACAGCGGAGGCAGUUUCGGGAAUAAACUGGCGGAGUGAGCUCGGGUUGUUCGGGUCGGAGGUAUCUGGGAUGGCGGAGGCGGGAAGUGCCACCGCGCGAUCGCCGCCGGAAGAGGCGGGAGUGGAGUCCGACAUGGCGCGAAUCGCGGUGGCGGAUGCGACAGACGGGAAGCCCGCAGGCAGCGGUGCUGACGUGGACGAGCUGGAUGACGUGGAGCAAACAGAGGUGGUGUUGUUCCACCUGAAGGAGUGCUACGUGUACAAGGUGCGCACCGUCACCCAUCCUCCUUCCCGCUUCCGCGCAUUUCUGAUUCGUGCGGCGGCGACGCGCUCAAGCGAGUCGCGGGCGGGCGGCACCACCGCAUGGCCAGCGUCGUACAGGGCGGACGAGUGGGACAUAAACAGGUGGGCGUGGGAGGGCGCCAUCAGCGUGGUGUCGCGCGGCGACCACUGCAGCAUCCGCCUGCUGGACGCCGCCACGGGCGACCUCUUUGCGCACGCGCCCGUGCGCCCCAACCACCCGCUGCCCCUGGAGGCCGUCAUCGACAGCAGCCGCUUCUUCGUGCUGCGCAUCGAAGACUCCUCCCCGCCCCCCCCCUCCGCCUCCGCCUCCUCCGCCUCCUCCACCAAGGCUGGCAAAUCCAGCAGCAGCAGCAGCAGCAGCGGCGGCAGCGGCAGCAGGGGUGGUGAGGCAUGCGUUCAUAGGGCUGGGUACGUGCAUAAGCAGCAGGAGGCGCGGCGCAUGGGGCAGGCGUUUGAGUCGCGCCCCGCUGCGGACUACCGCCUCAAGGAGGGGCAGAAGCUUCACUUGGACAUCAAAACGCCGGCGCGGGCAAAGCCAAGCACAGCAGGGCUGCCACUGUCGCCCACCACACCCGGCAACGUGGCCUUCAAGUCGCCCUCCCUCACAGCUGCUGACCCUGACGCCUCUGCCCCCAUGCGCCAAGCCUCGGGGGACCAUGGCGCUGCUGACUCCUCCCCACCGCAUGCCACCGCAGCUGCUACCACUGUGGGCGCCUCACCCCCCAUCCUCCCGCCCCCACCCCCAGCGCGCCUCUCCUCGCCUCCCUCCGCAUCGCCCUCGUCCCCCCCCUCCACAUCCUUCUCUGCGCGCUCCUUCCCCCCCGCAGCCCCCUCGCCCUCCAUUGCGUGGGCGUUCCAAUCCGACGACCCGCCUGCCCCGGUCACCUCCACACCCCAAUCCGUCAUGCCUGCCACCUCUGCUGGCAGUGAGGGCACUGGCAGUGCAGCAGCAGCAGCGGGGGAGGACGCAGAUGACUUUGGGGAGUUCGUGGCCGCGUGA